UGUGAGCAUACCACCUUCCAUAGAUGUUAUUUGGAACUAUUAUUUCAUGAAUCUUGGAAUAGGAGUUGGUCUUAGUCCAACCUGGAACUUCUCAUUGCAGUUUAAUAUCUGGAUCCAAUACAUGCAUGUGCUUGAUUUGCAAAACUAGAAUGCAAAUUUUCUGUUAUUCUUGGAUCCAUAGCUGACAUCUGUGCCUCAUAAGUAGUAUAAACGAAAUAUUAUUUUGAAUUGAGAAGUAAGGCACCUUUUCCUCUGUAUAUGGAUUCCAAGAGGUUUGUGUUCCAUUGCAGAAAAGGAACACUCUGUCACAGUCCAACAACGGACACUAAGACAUGUUUUGUUGGUGUUCAUAAAGUUGGAAUGGAUUGCCUAGCUGGUCAGAUUCAAUAUCAGUUGAUCAGUUGCCUUGUGUUAGCUCGUAUAAAGAGAUUGAGUGCCAAAAGCCAUCAGUUCAAGUAUUCUCAUGUCUUGCAUGAUGGCAUUGGCCAAGGAGCUAAUAAGUGGGCAGCUUGAUGGAGCCCAAUGGGUUCAAAUGUGCUAACCUUCUUGGAGGCUCCAUCCUGCCCCCUUCUACCUGCGCCAACCCAUCCCCCCUGGUCUGAAGGUCCCUUCCCAUUUCUGGGCGAAUUCUUGGAUCGAUUAUUGCAUAUAUUAUUUUGACUAUUUAAUUUUACUUAUUGAAGGGAUAAUUAAAAUGUACAUUGUAGAGAGAGAUAGUACCUUUACAAAGAGGAAAAAGAUUACCCAAAGUUCAAAUGCUUCCUAAUGAUUUUGUACCCACUCACUUCUCUGUAGACAUGAACAAAUGAACUGUCCAUCCACCUGCUGUUCUCUAUCAAGAGUUUCUACUUCCUUCAGAUAGAAAUAUCCUUGUUCAUCUCCAACUAACUUAGAAAUGCACUCGAAAUUAUCUAAGAAAGUGAAUUUAGAAAAUUUCAAAGAAAAACCUUGAGUGUGGAUGAUUUUUAUGAAGCAACUUGUCUUUCAGUUGCUGGGUUGGUGCUUAUGAAAUAAUUCAUUUAAUCUAUGUGUUUAAUGAUCUCUACAAGAAAAGCUUUAGUGGUGGAUUUGAUACCGAGUUCAUUGUAACACAUGUUUGUCAUGUGAGCAUAGGACAUAUGGCUGGAAACAUUUCUUCCAGUGUAUAAAUUCAUCCAAUGAGGAUUAAGAUGUGGGUAUGCAUCAACAUGCUCCCUCUCUUUGGGUGCAGAAUAUAUUUACUGAAUUAGAUAUUCUGGUUCACGGUUAUGGGGAAUUCUUUCCUUAAGGGGUUGGGAACAUGGUUUUGCAUUUUUAGAGGUGAUCUUCAUUGGGACUUCGAUCCGGAUUAUAUGGGAUCUCGAUCCCCUUGAACAUGGGACCUUGAUCCCAUUUAAAUGGGAUCGUGAUCCAUAGCCAUCAGAUAUAUGAUUAGAUGAUUUUUUUUUUUUUUUUAUAAUUAAUGUAUGAUUAGACACAUUGAUAGUUAUAAAAUGACUAUGGUGACUAAGGCAUAUUUGCACGCAUGUUGUAUGCGUUUAUGUACGUUGAUUGUGUGUCUUAUAUGGAUAGGAGAUCAGAGAUCCCAAAGUAGUUCGAAAAAAUAUGGGGACUUAUGGCCUCACUGAGGACAUGGCCUUUAAUAGAGCAGAAUGGAGAAUCAUGAUUCAUGUAACCGACCCCAAUUAAUUGGGAAAAAGCUAAAAUGAUGAUGAUGAUUUGAGAUCCCAAAGUUUCACAAACAUCAUCGAAAGUCUAUGUUGGGGGUCGGCUAAAAAGAGGUGCAUGAGUAUAAAAUAUAAAAUAUAGGGGAAAUUUUUAAAAUACUACUAAUUAUAAGGGAUAUUACCAAAAAAUUAGGUAUAUAAUAUUAAAAAAUGAAUCAUUUGUUUUUUUAUUUUUUGUAAUUUCACCCAAUUUUAUGAUGUACUUCUAUGAUUUAUAAUACUAUAUAAUAUAUGUAUUCUAGAGCACUACUUGAUAUGUGUUUCCAUGUACAUAUAUAAUAUUUAUAAUGCAUAUAUUCUAAUGGCGUUCCUAGAUGAGCUAUCCUAUGUGCUGCCAAAGUAGGGAGUUUUUGGCAUGGGGAUGAUUUCCAUGGGGAUGAUUUCUUGCCCUUGCUUCUGCUCCUUCACCGGCUCUUGCUCCCAACAACUGUACUCUAAUUUUUCCAAACAAAGGUUCUCUAAUGAUAACACAGUCAGAUAAAUCAGUUGAGGAUGGAGAAGAUGGUUAUUUAUAUCAUGGGCCCUCUUUGAAUGGACACUGAGAGCUCCACUGUAUCUCACAGUGGUGGGUGCCACUGCAAGCGUGUGAGAUGGCGAGCCGAGGCGCCACCAAGCAUCGUUGCGUGGAAGUGCAAUUGCUCUGAUUGCUCGAUGCGAGGAAACAUUCAUUUCAUCAUCCCAAAUGCCAAGUUCAAGCUCGAGAGCGGGUCCCAUGAGUGGAUUACUACUUAUACAUUUGGGACCCAUAAAGCAAAGCACACAUUUUGCAAGGUUUGUGGUAUAACUUCGUUCUAUGUACCUCGCUCUAACCCCGAUGGGAUUGCAGUGACAGUUAAGUGCGUGGACCCUGGCACAUUGCGCCAUGUGGAGAUUAGGGAUUUUGAUGGCCAAGAUUGGGAGGGUUCUUAUGCAAGGAGUGAUAUUGUGUCGUUUUCGAAGAUGGGGGUUGAAGGGUCAGUGUGAUGGUUUCUUGGAGUGAGUUUGUGUGUGUGCUGCAUGUGAGGUUGGAGCAGGGGAGACUCAAGUUUCUUGGUGGGGCAGGCAGAGGCUGGAGAGAGAGACUCAUUUUUUUUUGGUGUGGCUGAGAGAAAGAAGGCAUUUGAUUGAACUGGCAUUAAGAGAAAGAGCCUUAGGUUUGUAAGGCGAAGUGGAUUCAGAACAUUAAAAAGCACUAUUAGCUAGACUCAUUGGGUGUGUAGAUGAGUUUGGCUUAUUACUAUACACUUUCCUCAGAAGAAAUCAUCUGAACAGUCGAAAUGGCAUAGGCCACAUUCGUUUGAGGAGAAAUCUAAAUCAUUCAUUUCAAGAUGAGACCGGUUCAUCAGAAUCAGAUCAAUUCCCUACUUCCAAAGAGUUUUUGCUUAAUAAACACCCUUGUCUGAAAAGGAAAAGAAAGAAAAAAAGAAGGAAGAGGCGAGAUACAAUUUUCUUUGAGACGAGUCUACAUGUGAAAAAGGAGGUGGGCAUGAUAGAAUUUGUUGUUAAUGCUGUUUAAGAUGGUAUAGAUGGUCUUUGUUUUCAAUGCAAUUUAAUGACAGGCAGAGCGUUCAAACAUUCAGUCAUUAUUAAAUGAUGUUUGAUUCUCACUGCUUAUAUAUUUGGAUACUUUGUGUAUU